AUGAAAUCGAAAUUAUUUCAAAUCUUUCGAAAAGGUCUUCUUAAAGUAGUUCGAACUACUGAUGUUUGGAUUAUUACUGAUGGUAUCAAUACAAGUAUGACGAAAUUGAUCGGUGAAAUUAUUCGAACAAAUCCCGAUUCAUCUCGACCAAUUCAUUUAAUUGGUAUUGCUACUUGGGGUUAUAUAUCGGGUGUUGAUCAACUUGAUAUUCAUGGUACUAAUGUAAAUUAUACUAAGCCAAGAAAUAUUCAAAAAGAUGAAGCAUCUUUAGAAUCAAAUCAUACAAAAUUUAUUUUUAUUGAUGAUGAAACACGAAAUAAAUUUGGUAGUGAAAUUGAAUUUCGUACACGAUUCGAAAAAGCCAUCGCAGGCGAAUCAUUUUCCUUAGAAAAUACUACAAUUCGUCGUCAACAUAGUUCACAAGAUUGGAAUGUAAAUGAUUCCAUACCUGUUGUUCUUCUUGUUAUUGAAGGUGGUCUAGAAACAAUUAAAAUAGUUCAUGAAACUAUCAUUCAAAAUAAUAUUCCUGUUGUAUUAUUUGAAGGUACAGGUGGAUGUUGUGAUUUAUUUGCCAAAGCUUACCAUUUAUACAAUGAAUAUUAUUAUAAAACAGACAUAUCCGAUCGAACAAUUAUUGACCCAGAAUUUUCACCAGAACAAAAAGAACAAAUCAAAAAUAGACUUCGUGAAAGACUUAAAAUACAUAACCAUGAAAUUAAUCAAAUAAUAUCGAAUGAUAAUAUUGAAAUAGAUUAUUUUGAAUUGAUCUAUGAAUGUAUUGAAAAACGAAAAAUAUUUUUAAAUAUUAUCAAUUUUAAUUCACAUAAUCUAAUCGAACCAGAUAUGGAUUUAGCUAUUUUGCAAGCGUUACUUAACGCAACUUCUGGCAAUGAUUCUUCAAAAACUACUAUUGAACAAAAACGUGAACAACUCUAUUUAGCACUUGAAUGGAAUCGAGUUGAUAUUGUUAAAAAUUUUAUUAUGAAAGAUGAUCGAGAUUGGAAAUUAGUCGAUUUAAACGAUCUAUUUGAAAUGGCACUUGUUAGAAAUCAAAUAAAUUUUGUUCAACUUUUUCUCGAUCAUGAUUUUUCAUUAGUUGAUCUCUUUGACAAUCAUGACAAACUUGUAACACUCUAUAGAAAUGAAAAUUUUAAUUUAAUACAAGAUUUAAACAAUCCUCUACGAUCAAUCUAUACGAAUAUUAUUAAACCACUUACCGGUGAUUUUUUUGAAAUUGAUCCUGUAUUUAAUCGAAAAGAGGUUUCAAGUGAUAUUGAAUUAGAAGAUGAAAUAUGUUCAUGUUGUACAAUAGCUUAUCUCAGGAAAUCAUCUAUUCGACCUAACGAUAGUAUGCAAUCGAUUGCUUCGAAAAGAUCAAAUAUUUAUCAUAUGGAUGUCGAUAAAGAACUCUUUCUCUGGUCAAUAAUAACUGGUAAACAAGAUCUUGCCUUAUUAUUCUGGUCACGUGGAAAGAAUAAAAUUUGUGCUGCUCUUAUAGCAACAUUACUCUACAAAAUCAAAGCACGUAAAGAUAAAGAUCCAAGUUAUAAUGUAUGGGCAGAUGAAUUUCAAAUCUUAGCUGUACAAAUACUUGAAAAAUUCUAUCGAACAGAUCCAUGUGCAUGUACAAAAGCAAUUAUUCGACAAAUACCAGAAUUUGGAAAUGCAACUUGGUUACAUUUAGCUGUUAUGGUUGAAUCUAAACAAUUUAUUGCACAACGAGCUGUACAACAUGUACUUAAUGAUAUUUGGUAUGGUCACAUUGAUCAUACAGAAGACACUCGACUGAUUAUUUUUUCUACUAUUAUGCUUUGGUAUAGUGGAUUUCUUCAUUAUCAUAAAGAAAUGGUUGAAAGAACUGAACAAUUUCCUUUAAAAUGUUUUAAUUCUCAUCACAGUUCAAGUUUUAUUCAUCAUGAUACAUUACGAUUAAAACAUCAAAUGAAUAAAACAGCAGAUAAAGCACGCAUGAGACUAAUACAAGAUAAAGAAGAAGAAGAAGAAACUAUUCGUGUUAUUGGUGCUCGUCAUUGGGAAAAAACAAAAACUAGUGUGAAUCAAUAUUUGAAGAAUAUUUUAAUGUUUCUACAUGCUCCAUAUGUUAAAUAUCUUUACAAUUUGUAUUCUCAUAUCAUUUUUCUUAUACUCUUUUCCUAUGUAAUUUUAUGCGAUUUUUUUCCUCUCUACGGACUUCAAUCGAAUAAAUGCUUAGCAAAUAGUAAUGUCAAUAUCGAUCUUGAUAUUCGUAAAGAAUCAUUGAAAAAAACGAAUAAUAGUCAAUCAUUUUCAUAUAAUCUUCAUCAUCAUAAACGAUUAGCAACAACUGAAAUUAUCCUAAUUGUAUGGAUUUUUGCUUUAUUCUGCGAUGAAAUACGACAAAUUUUUGAAAUUGAAUUAAAAUCAAUUUAUAGCAAAAUUCUAGCAUAUUCUUCAGUAUUCUGGAAUAAAUUAGAUUUCUUAGCUUUAUCUCUCUUUUUUAUUGGAUUUAUACUUCGAAUUUGGCCAACAACACGAUGUUUUUGUGCUGCACGUAUCGUUCUUGCAGUUGAUUUAUCACUUUGGUAUAUACGUACACUUGAUAUGUUUGCAGCUAUCAAACGUCUUGGUCCUAAAUUAGUUAUGAUCGGUGAAAUGAUACAUGAUCUCAAAUUUUUUAUGUUAAUGUUGACCGUCUUUGUUUUGGCAUUUGGUGUGCCUACCUAUAGUCUUGUAUAUGGUGUUGAAAAAUUUACUUGGCAUCUACCACGUGCUAUUAUAAAUCUUGCUUACUGGCAAAUAUUUGGCGAAUUAGAAGCACUUGAUGAAAUUGAGAAAAAUUAUGAAAUUAGUGGUUAUGUUAUGUUUAUUUUACUUAUUGCUUAUAUGACUGUUGCAAGUGUUCUUCUUAUCAGUCUACUUAUAGCAAUGUUCAGUAAUACAUUUGAUCGUUUACAUAUGGAUGCUGAUUGUAUUUGGAAAUUUCAAUAUUAUUCAUUAGUAUCUUAUUAUUUAUCAAGACCAUCUUUACCAGCACCAUUGGUUAUUAUAAUACAUUUUUGGCGUUUAAUAGUUUAUUUUCUUUCGACUUAUAUUAAAUUACCAUGGUUUCGUAGGAAAUAUCGUAAACAUCAAAAUCGAUCGAAACUUCAUAUUGUUGCUAAUUAUGAAUUAACAAGAAAAAUUGAAUCAAUUGAAGAUGCACUUGGUAAUGAAAUUUAUUAUUAUUUUUUGAAAACUGAUCGUAAAAUGGUCGAUUAUGACAUUGAUUUUGAUGAAGAUCGAGUAUAUUCACCACAAGAGAUUAUGUUAAAUAAAGUCAAAAAACUAGAAAAUCAAGUACAAUUAAUACAAAAUCAACAAAUAAAUAUGUUCGAAUAUUUGGAAUGUUUAAUGAAUGGAAUAAAAAAGAUCGGCGGUGAUGAUAUUGAAAUGCCUAAACGAUAUCAUACAGUGUCGGAUAUAUCGUAUAAUGGAAAAAAUUUAUAUGUUUGUUUUUUGCCUAACAAACAAAAUCAUCAUAAAAAACAAAGAGAAACAUAUAUUAAAUCAUAUGCAGAUCGAAAUAUCUCCAUGAGUUAUAUGAAUGGAAAUAUUGAUGAUCGAAAAUUAAAUGAAACAUUUACUACAAAUGGUAAAAUCAGAAGUGCAACGGUUACAACGAUAAAAGAUCAAUCACAAGAUUAUGGAUUUGUAAAUUCUAGUACAACUAACGAAGCUAUAGAUGAUAUGAAUGGAAAAGAACUUGAUUCAAAAUCACUCUAUGUAAAGACGAACAAAAGUUCAAAGAAAAGUCGAGUAUCUGCGUUUCAUCGAUAUACAAAUAUAAUAUUGUCAUGUAUUGAUUUAUCAUCAUCAGGUUGGAUUACGCUUUAUCAACACCGAAAUUAUGGUGGAGUGAUGCUCGUCAGUCGCCCAGUUAGUAAUAAUGAUUAUAAAUGUUUCAAUUUGUUAGAUUGGAUGAAGGAUCGUGGUUCAUCAAUAAACACACAUGGAAGAUGCUUUGUUUUAUUUGAACAUGAAAAUUGUCAAGGACGCUCAAUGAAAGUUACACCUGAUGUAAAUUGCCGUUUGAAUUUCGAAGAUUGCAACUUUAAUGAUAUUACAUCAUCAUUCAAAAUAUGUUAA